UACCUACUUUCCCUCUGAAAAACAGUUUUGGUGGUUUGUAUUUUGGAGUGGUCAUACCUACUUUCAUAAUGAGUUUUUUUUUUUACAUACAGCUUUUAUCGUUUUGUCUUGUAUAAUAAAGAACAGUUUGUAAUCUGUUUUGCCCAUUUGUACAUUUGACGUCAGAAUAGAAUAAUUUUAGAACCUGGAAAAUACCUAAUUUUGUUAUGUUGUGAUACGUAAAGUCCUAGAACUGAAUAAGAGUGUACUUUGUCUUUGCUAUGAAUAUACAUGUGAAAGUGUUCCUGUGAUAUCAAAUGAAAGUCCCUCUCUGUAGGAUUUGGAGCAGACGUCGAUUGCUUUGUAGUUGACACCAACUAUAAUGAAUACGCUCUGAUGCUGCAGCUGAGCACAGAGAAACCAUCAGGAAAUAAAACCACCAUAGUCAAGCUUUACAGUCGAACUACGAGUGUCAGUCCUCUUGUUCUAGGAAAAUUUAAAGCCCUCAUCAGACUUCAUGGAAUAAGUGAAGACACUGCCAUUAUGAAUCAACACAAAGGUAGGCAUGAAAGACUGACGUUUCCUUUUAAAGAGCUUUGAUAUCUCUCUGUCUUCCCAGGUGAGUGUUUUCCAGGUGAUCAAAUGAAGGAGGCAGCUGCUAACCACCAGGUUUUUGUUCCUGAAAGCUCCAAAUAGAAUAUUCCUGCAGAGAAAAAGUAAAGUGACAUCUGGCCAGGACAUGUAUUGAACAGCCAAUAUUGCAGCAACAUUGAAGUCCAAUGUUUGAAGGGUUCACUGCCCAUGCUGCAGAAGAGAGGUGGUGUCACUGUGUCGCACACCUAAAGGACAAGGUUCAAGAUAAGUGGACCCAGAGUUCUGACAAGAUGCAAAAAUCUGUGAUUCUGGUUUCUUUGCUGGUAUUGGGAUGGAUGUGGACCCCCCAGGGGCUCCCAGUUCUCCCAGAUCCUCUGUACAGCACACAGGAGAACUUUGACCUGAGCAAGUUUUUGGGAACAUGGCACGAUGUUGCGAAGGCGAGUACAUGUCCCUACAUGCAGCGCCACAGGGGAGACCUGGCUAUUGGCAAACUAGUGCUGCAGAAAAGCACUACGGAAGGAAAGCUCAAAAUGACCCGAACAGCCCUCAGAAUGGGAACAUGUAAAGAGAGGACCGGAGAUUAUGAGUUGACCUCCACACCAGGACGAUUUUUCUACCAUGUUGCAAAGUGGGGGGCCGAUGUGGAUGCUUAUGUGGUUCACACCAACUACAAUGAGUACGCCAUUAUGAUCAUGAGCAAACAGAAGUCGACGGGUGAUAGGAGCAUCUCACUCAAGCUUUACAGUCGAACAAAGACUGUGAGACCCACAGUGCUUGAAGACUUUAAAGUGCUCGUCAGACAACAAGGAAUGGGUGACAACACCAUUUUCAUUAAAAAGGACAAAGGUGACUGUGUUCCUGGAGAGCAGGUGGCAGCGCCUACGACUCAGUCUGAGCCUCAGCGAGUGAGGAGAAAUGUGGUACCUUCUUUGGUUCCUGAAGACACAGAGGGCUCUGGUGACGAUACCACCCUGUUCAAUGGAACCAAGGCUUGCAACGCCGCUCCGGACACAGGACCGUGUUUCGGGAUACACAACCGCUUCUUCUACAACUCUUCCUCAAUGAGCUGCGAGCUGUUCAAGUACGGAGGCUGUUUGGGCAAUCAGAACAACUUCAAAACUGAGAGAGAGUGUCUGCAGAGAUGUCGCACAGAGGCUGUAUGCCGUCUACCCAUGGCUGCCCAGCCCUGCACGGGCCAACCAACUAUCUGGGCCUUCGACCCCUCCACUGGGCUGUGCGUGCACUACAAACCAGGCUUCUGUCAGUCCAACGCUAACAAGUUUUACACCAAGUCAGAGUGUGAGGAGUACUGCGGGGUGGUGAAAGACGAUGAUCUGCUGAUGUCAAACUAAGCAAAGUGAGGAAUCGCUGCUGCUCUCCAUAAACUCUUUUCACAGCGAUGAAUUAUGAAUCAGUAUUGAACAAGGUGCACAAUAAAAAAACACAUCUCAGCAAAUCAAGCUGUCAAUAAAAAGCCAACAUGUUGUGGGUUGA